AUGUCAGUGCUCCAGUUUGUAUUUCUGCUAAUCCUGGCCAACAGCAAUCGAGCUAUGGCUAUAGAGACCGAAAGGGAUAUGGAUGAGGAUCCUUCCGGACCAGAGCCCAUCGAUGGACGAUCGUUCUUCUUUUUGGGCAGUUUGUUUCGUCGCUGGCGCAAUCGCUGGACUGCCUAUCAUAAUCCGGAUCCGCUGUUUGCAGGUUCUGCUUAUCCAAUAACUGGUUAUUACAAUUGUCCCGUAUACGGCUGCAGUCCGUCGGCCAUUGGUCCACAGCCUGGUUACUACACUACUCCUGGAGGAUUCUACACCAUGCCACUGAAUCAGCAGCAGGCUCAGGGAAACAGCAAUGUCUAUAUCUACCAAAAUGAUCAGAACACCGCUUCAGCUUCAAGUCCAUUUGGAUAUGGAUAUGGAUAUGGUGGAUCGCCACUUAGACCACCAAUGCCCCUGUCUCCGCCGUCUCCUGGAGUUUUGCCGGCCUCCACAGUGGGCACGGCAACGGCCAGUGCCAGCGGCUAUUCUGGACCAGGAGCAGGACCUGGACAACGGCCAGGACCAUUUCCAAUACCCUUACCACAACUGGGAUAA